CCAGUGAUCAUAAUGCUCUGUAUCUACCUAAAGAUUUUCCUCGUGGCACAGAGACAGGCACGCAGCAUCCAGAACACAAAGUCUAGAGCAACUGUCAUGUCCAUCCCCGUGUUUGACACACUUAACUGGCUUGCACUGUCUAAUUCUCUGCUCAACCCUUUUAUUUAUGCGUUCUUUUACAGCUGGUUCAGAUCAGCUUUCAGGAUGAUCAUAUCUGGAAAAGUAUUUCAAG